CACGUGACCGCGCCGGACUCCACGACUUCAACUCUUUUGGACUUUCUGUAGUUUCUUUAUGAGUGUCUUUAUGAGGAGUCAUCUCUGGGAUACAGCUGCAAUGGACAAGUUUGAAGAGAAGGAGAGAUUGAAAAUUGAUAGAAAGAUGUUGAAGCCUCAGGUUGAGCGCCGCAGACGAGAACGAAUGAACCGCAGUCUAGAGAACCUGCGGAUUUUACUUGCGCAAGGCCAUGAGCAACAGGCUGCAUCUCAAAAGCGUCUGGAAAAAGCAGAGAUCCUAGAACACACGGUUCUCUUCCUGCAGAGCUCCAGCGCCAAGGCCAAUAAAUACAGCUCAGCAGAAGAUGAGUCUGAUUCAGUUGGACAUCAGUUCAUGGAUGGGUUCUCUGUGUGUUUAGAGAAAGCCGCUCGCUUCCUGAAGGAGGAGACCAAGGCACGAGGGCUGCCCGACUCAGUGCCCUCAUCCCUGUAUCAGUGCCUGAGCCGUGCACACUGGUCCGGUGUCAGAGACAUGAAGCAGAAUCAUGCCAUGCAAGGACUGCAGUGUGUGAAGAGACAGACACACACACACUAUCCAUACAGGGUCCCACUGCGACACACGCACCCUAACACUGUGCAGCAUCACCAGAACUCGCCAAAGACCAGCAUGUCAGGGCCUACAAGCCCACAGGCGUCUGGAAGACAGGGUGUGUGGAGACCGUGGCCAUGA